AUGCGUCUGCGCGUGCGUGGGCCCUCGGGCCAGUCAACCGUCACUCUAGACGUUUCAGCCACCGUCCAAGACCUGCGGGGACAGAUCACAGAGAAGACAGGCCUCGCCUCCUUCGACGUUAAAUACGGAUAUCCAGACCUCAAGCCUUUGAAUCUCGACCAUUUCCAACCAACCCAACUACUAUCCGACACGGGCAUCAACCUGAACGGGGAACAGCUUAUCGUCGCACAACGAGACUCCGGCGCAUCAGCGCCUACCGAGACCACCCCGAUCCAGCCCAGUAGCUCUUCUACCUCCCAGCAACGACCGCCACAACUUCAGCAACAGUCUUCGAUGUCGCAAAAGCCAGAGAAAACAGCCGAUGAUCCACCGGAGAUUGCCUCCCCCGAGCAUGGCGGCACUUUCGUGCUGCGUGUCAUGCCUGAUGACAACUCGUGUCUGUUCCGCGCGGUAGGAGCCGCAGUCAUGGGCGAUAUGGAUACCAUGGUUGAGCUACGAUCGAUCGUUGCAGGAGCCAUCCAGUCGAAUCCGACAGACUACACGGCUGCUAUUUUGGGGAAGAAGCCGGAUGAUUAUUGCCAAUGGAUUCAGAACGAGGACUCGUGGGGUGGAGCCAUCGAACUCAAGAUUAUCAGCGAGUACUUCAAUAUUGAGAUUUGCUCUAUUGAUGUGCAGACGCUGCAUAUGUUCCAGUUCAAUGAGGGAGCUCCGACUCGGUGUAUAGUUGUUUAUUCGGGCAUUCAUUACGAUGUGCUUGCGCUCUGUCCUUCCGAUCCACCACAUACACAUGCCAACUUGUUUGCGCCGAAUGAUACGAAAAUCUUUGAUGCGGCGGAUCCUGUUGUCGUGGAGAAGGCUAAGGAGAUGUGUCGUGUCUUGCAGAGUAAGCACUAUUAUACGGAUACGUCGGGUUUUUUGGUUCGCUGCAAUACUUGUGGGGGUACAUUCACUGGAGAGAAAGGGGCUACGAAACAUGCGGCCGAGACUGGUCAUUAUGAUUUUGGAGAAGCUGCAUAA